CAAUGGUCACGAAGGCAACGAACAUGCGGACCGCUUGGCCAACAUGGGCACCGUAUUACCACCAGUGCCCGAACGGAAUUGGGAGCGACUACGGAAAAUUAUGGAAACCACGACUACCACUUCAGAAGAUAUCAUGACAAACAAAAACUCUGGGCCCUCCAUUUCCAAUCAGGAAAUUUCCGAAUCGUUAGAUGAUGUACGCCGACUGUCUGCUUGCCGAUAGUGAACUUGAGGAGAUGGGAAACAAUGGAAACUUUGAUUCCGAUUUUUAAUGUAAACACAAUUUAAUUUUGGGAUCCAUUCUGAUGGAGCAUGCUAUGUUACUGUACUACUGAUAUACCUUUGAUUUUUUUGAACCUUGAUUUUUUUGUGCAAGUCGAUAGCAAACGUUGUAUCUACUAGCAAACUUGAAUCCCUUGAUCAGAUGCAAUGUACUCGCGAUAAGAUUACUGAUUU